CGAUAAAAGACAUGGCCGCCUGAUUUUCUCGAUUUUUGGUCUUUUGUCUUUGAAAAUCAAUGAACUAAGAAGAACUGUAGACAUUUGUUGUGUUUGUAAAGUUCACAUCAUUAGAGAUAACCAUGUCAUCAUUUGGAGGUGGAGCUAAAAACCCACCGUGGGCAAGAAAUGUUUCUGUCCCCACAGCUGGUGCCCAGGGGCUUGGUGCAACCAGCCUCGCUGGACAAGUGAGCAACCAGGUGUUGGCCCAGCCUGGUGUUGUUGCUUCUCCUGCAGUGUAUAGCUUAGGGAAUACACAGGCUCUUCAGCAGACAUAUGCACCACAGCCCACACAGCAAAUGGGUGCUGUUGGACUUGGUCAGGUCCCGGUCACUACUGUUACACCAGCUGUAGCUUUGCCAAAUCCAGGCAUAGCUAUCCCAACCACAUUGGCUACAAGUCAGGUGGCGACAGUCAGUUAUCCCACGCCUCGUCUUGCUCAAGCUCAGACGAAGCAACGCGUGUUCACAGGCGUCGUUACCAAACUACAUGACACUUUUGGAUUUGUGGAUGAAGACGUGUUUUUCCAGCUUUCAUGUGUCAAGGGGAGCCAACCUAAAGUUGGGGAUCGGGUGCUGGUGGAAGCAACAUACAAUGCUAACAUGCCAUUCAAGUGGAAUGCCUCUAGAAUACAACUUUUGCCAAAUCAGAAUCCAGGGAUGGGGUCUGGCUAUGGAAUGAAGCCUUCCCCAAUGCCUCCGAGAGAGAGCUUUGGCAAUUCAUUGAACCCGAAUCAAUAUGGAGGACCACCACCUCAAGUCCCACCACUUAUGUCACAGACUCCACAGCCAGGACCUGGUUUCCGAGGAAAUUAUCAUGGCGAUGGUAGUGGAAUGCAGCGACCAGACCGUGGAAAUAAUCGUGAGAGAGGUCCAGGACCUGGGCGUUACGAGCGAGAUCGUGAUCGACAUCAUGACAGACCACCACGUCCACCACGCCAGACCUCGGGAGGGCCACCGCCUCAACCAGAACGUGAGCGAGAAAGAGAGCGUGAACGAGAGCGUGAACGUGAGCGAGAUCGUGAACGUGAGCGUGAAAAGGAGAGACGAUCACCAAGGAAGCGUUCCAGGUCUCCUAGUCUGAGGUCAAGGUCACCACGCCCCCGCAGUCCAGCGCGGUCAAGGAGAACAAGAAUUGCACCAAGAUAUAUGGUCCAAAUCCCAAAGAUUACUCUUGAUACUUCUGUGGCUAGUGUAAUCUCUUUGAAAUCACGCUACCAAAAUAUGUACAUUCCCAGCGACUUUUUCAAUGCCUCCUUCACAUGGACGGAUGCGUUCCCCCUGCACAGGUCAUUCAAUCUGAACAACUCCUGUGGCUUCCAUGUCAUGCAUAAAGAGGUUACUCCAUUGGAGCCAAAUAAUGCUGUCCUUGAGCCAAAUGAUGCAGAUCAUUUAUUUAGUGCUAAGGUGAUGUUGCUCACGUUGCCAAGUCUUCAAGAUAUGUACCACAAAUCCUGCGCCCUGACAGAAGACACCGCAGAGGCCCGGGAAUCAUUCCAACAUCCGACUCGUCUGGUCCAAUUCCUUAUUGGCUUGAAGGGAAAGGGCGAGCCAAUGGCCAUUGGGGGCCCAUGGUCACCAACAUUAGACGGUGCCAACCCGAAGGAAGACCCUCGAGUAUUGAUUAACACAGCUAUAAGGACGACCAAGGCUUUGACUGGUGUAGACCUGAGCCACUGCACACAAUGGUACCGAUUUGCAGAGAUCCGCUACCACAGGCCCGAAGAGAUGCACAAAGGGCGGCUGGUCCCUGCCAGAGUUGAAACCGUUGUACUUUUUCUACCCGACGUGUGGAGCUGUAUCCCGUCUCGACUAGACUGGGAAGGUCUGCAGGCAGCAUACAAAAAGCAGCUACAGGUUAAAACGGAGGACAACAAGGAGGACUCAACACAGGAAGACGAAGAUGAGGAGGGUGGGAGCUCCGAGGAGAAAAAGGAGCCAUCCCAUUAUUCAGAACUUGAUCCGAAGACCCUUAAGGUCACAAGUAUGCGACAUGAACUUGAGGCGAGGGGGUUGAAUUCUAAAGGCUUGAAGUCUCAACUGAUAGCCCGUCUGACCAAGGCCCUAAGGUCAGAGCAGGAGAAAGAAGAGGAAGAGGCAGAGAAGAAGGAAGAGGAGCCAGAUGAGGAGAAGGAAUUGGAGAAUAAAAAGGAAAGAGAAGAACGGGAACUAGAACGACAGAAACGAGAGGAAGAAGAAAAGAAGCGACGUGAAGAACGUGAAAAAGUGGUCCGUGAACGCCGCUAUGUGCUGCCAGACAAUCCAGCAAUAAUCAUUCAUCCAUCGACUGUGGCCAAGAGUGGCAAGUUUGACUGUACUGUCAUGUCUCUUAGUGUUCUACUCGACUAUAGACCAGAGGACAAUAAGGAACACUCAUUUGAGGUGUCCCUAUUUGCCGAGCUGUUCAAUGAGAUGCUUAUGCGUGAUUUCGGCUUUCACAUUUACAAACAUUUGGUGAGUUUACCUGAGUCAGUCAAGGAGGAGGAGAAAGAGAAGGAGAAGGAGAAGAAGGAUGAGAAGGAACGCUCAUGUAGCAAGGAAAAGGAGCCAUCAACGAAGCGAAGGAAGACGGAUGAUGAGGAGAAGGAGAAAUCUGUUGAGAAAGAUGAGAAGAAGAAAGGAGAUGAUGAUGAGGAAGAGAUGGAACAUGAUGGGAACAAAGAGGAUGAGGAUGACGAUGAUAGGAAGAAGAAAGAGAAGGAGAAAGAUAAAGAUCGUAAGAAGGACCGCGAUAGGGACCGUGAGCGAGAGAAGGACAAGGACAAGAAGAAAGAGAAGGAGAAAAUCAAAUAUUACACGGCAGAUCCUGGCCUGCUUCUGUCGUAUGUCUACUUCGACCAGACACACUGCGGCUAUAUACUUGCUACUGAUGUAGAGGAGAUAAUCCAUACACUUGGAUUAAUACUGUCACGAUCUCAGGUGAAAAAACUUGUCCAGAAGGUUGCGACGCGAGAUUCUGUGAUGUAUCGCAAGCUGACUGACAAGCCUGUCAAGGAAAACGACAAGACUCCCGCUGAAGGCGACAAAUCAAUCAAGGAGGGUGAGGAAGAAGCGAAAGAGGAAGGUAAACCAGAGGAAAUUGUUAAAGAAGAAGUCAAAGUGGAAAAGGUUGAGGAACCAGAUGAAUAUGCUUUAGCUAGAGGUAACAAAGUGCUGUUUGACAAUCCAAACAUUAAAGAAGAGAUUGCGGAGGAUGGUACUGUCAUUAAAAAGGAGGAAGUGGAGGCCCCGGUCGUUGAGCAGAAGCCAACGUUCAGCCUUAGCGGUCUUGUGAACUACAUGGGAGCCAUGGUGGAUAUCAGCAGUGUCAUGCAGAGGCUUGAUAAGAGUGAGAAGACGAAAGGAAAGUUGGAAAGUCGCAUUAAGGACUUGCAGGAAGAAUUAGAUGAAAUGAAAUCAAGUUUCAACUCAAGUGAACAGAAUAGUCAGAAGGUGGCCAAUGAGCUUCAGGAUCUCAAAACGAAGCUCAGAGAACAACGCAAGUUGAGCGAAUCGGCAGUUGGCAGUAAUAAGAAAUUUUUUGAUGUGAUGUCGAAGUCCAAAGAUGUACUUCACAAGAUUGUCAGUGACGUUGAAGAUGUUCUCAGUACGGCUGUUGACAGCAAGAAAACUUCUCCUAGGGCUGAGCCCAAAGAAAAUGGAGAUGGUUAGGUUCAAUUCAUGCAUUUUGAGCAAUCAGUUAACUUUCAUCUAGUUUGAAUGGAAUGUGACAGAAUUUCAGGUGCCGUUUCGGGUCCUGCAUGCUGUUGUUGAAGACUUGAAAGUAUAGUGCGAGGCUUUAGGAAAGACUGUAAGACUUUUGAAGGGAUGGUUAUAUUUUUCAAACAGGACAACUUGUGGACAAUCUAAGGUAUCAGUGAAAGACUGAAAGAGUUAUUUGAAACAAAGUCGGUUAUUUCUGAUGGGUACACAAGGAGUGUUUGAGAAAAAGUGAUGUAUUUUUCUAAAACGGUUUAUUUGAAUGAUGUUGACUUCAUGUAAGAGUGCACUAGAAGUCUCUUGAUACAUCAGAGGAUUGAUCACUUGUGUGUAUUUUAUGAAGCGCCAAAUGUUUGAAAUUGUAUGCGAUGACAGUGUAAAUGAGUUGGCAGAUGUUUCGUUGUUACCACAAUGCAUUUAAAAUAACCUUUGGUUUAAAAUCAUGUUAGGACAUAAACAUAUCCUAGUCCAUGUUUUUGCCCACACUUUUUUGCGAUGAUCAAUAUAACUGGUCACAUGCUAUUACAUGUAUGUCUAAAAUAUCUCGAGCAUUGUUUUCACUUGUGUAGACAGGCUUUUGUUUAAAUUCUGCAAUAAUUUCUUAUUUUAACCCGAAGCACCAACAUUUGUAUGAAUAUAUAUAGUAUUUCCCUUUAAACAUGACUGGAAAUCAAUUGAAUUACUUUCAUUGAGAGGCCAUAAACUAAGUACAUUUACAAGGACUUUUUGAUUUUAAAGGUUAACUGGAGUCGAUACUUUCAAAGGAAGUACCCAACAUUCUCACAUGAGGUAUGAUAAACAUGUGCAUUCAAUGACAUGAGGAGUGUGUGGUUUUUCUGUUUGGACCAAAUAGGCCUAUCAUUAUCAUCACAGAGAAAAGCUUUAAGUACUUUACUGUACUUUGUGCCAAUAUUAGACUCCCAUUCAACUGUGUUACAAUGACAGUGCUUCUAGUUUUUCAUAUCAUCCUUUUUUUGAAAACAUUUAUUACAUGUGCAUGUUUCAUAUUAACUUCAUCCUCUUUAAUCAUGAAAUAAAGUAUUGUAGAUUAAA